CCACCGACAGCUGCGAGGCGCUGGUGGAGCCGGGGCCGCUGAGCUGAGAUCGGGGGGGGCGCGAACUUCCCAGCAACGCUGCACCCCCAAAACCUUGGGGUGCCCCCACCAGGAGAGCCCGGGGUGCUGGAGGGAGGACGGAAUCUCUGGCUCCUGCCCUGCGGACCCCACUUCUCCCCCCGGGCCACUGGGACACUGGCAGGCGUGAGAAGUUUUGUUUGCUGCUGCAGAGAAGUGGGUGCCGGGGCUCUGCCAGGCUAAGGGGGCAGCCGGCGGUUUUGGGGAGUAGGGAUUUUUUUUUCAGGGUCCCCACAGCGGGGAUCCACCGGAGCUCGUCGCCGGACCAGAUCCUUUCUCCGAGGGAUCGACUGGGAAGCUCUCCUGGCGCUUGGGAUCCCCAGCUCCGGUGGGCACAGCGGGGAUCCCCGACGGGCCAUGGCCAGGCCAGCGGCCCAGCUGGGCGCCACGGAGCGGCUCCCGAACCCUUUGCUCUCCUCCCCACCGCUGGGGGUGCCCGGGGCCGGCAUGGUCAGCCUGAAGAGCCUCCUGCAGGGGCCCAUCAAGAGCCCGGAGCGCAGGCCGAAGGAUCUGACCACCUGCCUGGCCAAGGAGAAGGAGCGGAAGAUGGAGGAGGAGCUGGGGGGCGCUCGGGCGGGACAGUGCGCCUACCUGGGCUCCCUGCUGUGGGAGCGGACCCUGCCCUACAGUGAGAUCGAGUACGUGGACCUGGACGAGUUUCUGCUGGAGAACGGGCUCCCCCCCAGCCCAGCCCAGCCGCCCUUCUCCCCGGCCAGCCAGGCCACCAGCUCGCCCUCCAGUGGCAUCGCCGUGGACCUCAGCCGCCCGGCCUCCUGCACCUCCUCCGCCUGCUCCUCGCCCGCCGAGUGCCCGAGCAGCAGCGAUGGGGACCAGUGCUGCACCACAGCAGGUAGCCGGGACCGGGGGGGCAGUGGGGCCAGAGGGCACCAGUAG